AAGUUGGUCAGAAAAACACGCGGCGGGUUUUGUUGCGCUUUUAAGCUGCUUUCGUUUGCCGUUUCUUUUUUAUAACUCACGGUUUAACGGUACCCGAUGAAAAAUAAUAUCGCAAUUGUUUAUUAAAUCCGAUUGAAUUUUUGUGCGUCCGGGUACACAACGCGUUCAACGAUCGCCUCGUGUAAUAUCACUCGCAAAUGAACGCGGCGCAAUCAGAUUUCGCGAUGGAAAAUUCCGUUACCGUGCCUCGACAUUACUAUCUGCGACAGCUCGUAAGCAAUUUCUAUCGCGUGUUAAUUUAUUCCUCCAAAAGAAAUCGCGAUGUUCUUACGGAGUUUUAGUUGGCAAACUCGAUAUUAAAUCUCGCUCGGAAAAUCGAGCGAUCGACGCCGUUUUAAAUAGACCCAAAGUACCGAUCGAACUUCGUAUCAGAGUUACCCGUUUCAUUUGGAAAAUCCAUCUUUCGAGGACAGUUCAUCCGCCCUUUAAAGCGUCCCAGAAUUAGGGACACGUCGGUGCACGUUGGAGAAAGAGGAUUCACCUUUCUCAAGGGAUUUCCUUCAUAAAAUCGCAUUUGAAAUAGCCGGAACCGUUCGCAGUGGCUGCAAACAUUCUCGAGUCGACGUCAAACGGCAUUAAUCGUCGAAAAAUUAAUGCAAAGCUGGAUUUACUUUCGCUAAGCUGACCGGAGCGGUCUCAUUUAUGAAUGACCUUUUCGGGUACGCCUCUGGAAGCGGCCGCGAGCGUCGAGCGCUCGUUUGUGGAUUGGACGCCGUUUAUCAGAAUUCUGGACCGACGGUCGACGUCCGAGGACGCGGCGACGUCGGUUUCGGGGAGUGUUCCGUUUCCUUCUUCGACGCGAUCGGACGUUCCUUCGAAGCAGUGUUCCGUUGGUCGGUCCCGUUGACAAACGGCGCCAUUAAUUCCGGAGGCUUUUGAGCGCUCGACGAGCAGCCACCCAGGCUCUCCCUUGGACGUCUAACGGAUGACCAGCGUCGUACAGGCAACAAUAAUGAUCGGUGACCGCGUCCUGGCCAAUUCAUAAAACCAGCUUCGAGGCGUUCAAUCGGAAAGCAUUCUUCGCGAGAGCAUCGAAUUUCAUUCUUCGCUCGAGUCCUAAAGCUCCGCGAGGAACGUUCUGGAAAAUAUUUGUACCAAUCUUCCCUUUCUCGAAGAUUUUAAUCAAAUCGUACACCGGAUCGGAGGGAAUAUAUUUCAGGAGUGACUCAGUUGAAUAUAAAAUUUCAGAAAGGGCGACCGAAUUUCUUGAUUAACUUUUAAAGAAUCUAAAAUCGUUUAAUCGUACUCUCAAUUAUUCUUCUUAUGUUACAGUAAUUUCAAUUGAAUGAAGUUAGGCUUUCAUCAAGGAUCGCCGUCACCGAUUAUAAUUUUGAAGAGGUCCAGGAGCAGCGUCGAUAAAAUCCACGAAAUUUCGUCGAUUCUUGCGACGAAUAUCCAAUUCGUAAAUUCCUCUGAGGAUCUAAUUAGCUCCCUCGCCUCUGAAAAUCGUCCUCAGUCGACCGACAGUUCUCGUAGGAUCGCAAAACACGAUGAAACGAACGUUCCAUGGUAGAGCGCGAACACCUCGGCGCAUCGUGACAAGACACCUCUAAACGUAUCCGCUCGCUGGGGAUGGUAGCUGGGAAUGAUAGCUGGGAAUGAUAGCUGGGCCGCGGACAAUGGACGGUAGCUUUAGAAUUAGCAACGAGACUACUCGGAGAAUCGUAUUUCGUGGCCGUGGUGUGCUUAGGUUGUGGAUGUACCAAACACUUUUGACUCCGAUCACGUGCGGCCUAGACGCACUCUAGAAACGGAAAAGGCAGGCGACGACGGGAAAUGCGACGCGUUAGGCAAAAACACGUCGAAUCCCUCGGAUAGUUGUCGCGGUUCGACGAUUUUUUAGAGCCAGGGACGUUUCGGGGCAAAAAGAGAUACAAAUAAAAAACACAUGAAAAAAUAAAAAAAACGAAUAGCAGAAAAAAAAAGAACAGUAGCGCAAGAAACGAAUGGAUGGUACAGCCGACGAAUCGCAUGAUGGUAUCUUUCGUUUCGAGUACUGUACGCGUCCAGUCCUCUCUUCUUAGUCGGUAAUAUUGUCUAGUCUUGUAUUGUUUCGAUAUACAUAUGUCUACCCUAGGAGAUUUCCGUUCUCGUUUCUGUUUCCGUUUCCCGUUUCCGUUUGUUAAGUCGACUCCGUUGCGGAGCUGAUUGCGGACCCGGCACGAUUUUGUAACACGCGACUCUGGUGUGUGUCGACAGCUCGGGGAUCGACAAUAAUCCGACGGUGUAUUACAAGCUAAUGCCCGGCUCCACGGCACAGACCAACAAGCUUCACACGUUUUACAUACAGCAACGGGGCGAUCGAGAUGAGACCUGGGCGGACAUCAAGGUCAACAAUCAGCUGGAUUACGAAACCAUGAAGGAGUACAAUCUGACCAUACGUGUCGAGAACAAUGGCGCCCAACAACUCGCAUCUGAAGCGACCGUCCACAUUAUCCUGGAGGACGUAAACGACGAAAUACCUUUGUUCACCGAACGUGAGCAAGAAACUGUACUCGAGGGCGAACCAGUCGGCAGUAAGGUUACUCAAGUCAACGCUAUCGAUAAGGACGGCACUUUCCCGAACAAUAAGGUGUCCUAUUACAUCGUGGACAGUGUCAGGAACGAGGGAAAGGACUACUUUGAGAUCGACAAGGACACAGGCGAGAUCUCCACAAAAGUGAUUUUCGAUCGCGAGAACCAAGGAGCAUACGCACUGGAAGUGGAGGCCAGGGACGGAGCACCAUCUGCGCGGCCCAACAGCAAGGGACAACCGAAUUCAGUAACGAAAUUCAUCCGUAUUGGAAUAGCUGACAAGAACGACAAUCCGCCUUACUUCGACAAAAACCUCUACGAGGCUGAGGUAGACGAAAAUGAGGACAUUCAGCACACGGUCCUCACUGUCACCGCCAAAGAUCAUGACGAGUCCUCGCGUAUUCGAUACGAGAUUACGGGCGGUAACCUAGGCGGCGCGUUCGCCGUGAAGAAUAUGACUGGCGCCAUUUACGUAGCAGGUGCAUUGGAUUACGAGACCAGGAAAAGGUACGAGCUCCGCCUCACCGCCUCGGACAACUUGAAAGAAAAUUACACGACGGUCGUAAUACACGUGAAGGACGUGAACGACAAUCCGCCAGUCUUCGAGCGACCAAAUUAUAGAACGCAGAUCACCGAGGAAGAUGACAGGACUCUCCCGAAACGCGUCCUUGGGGUCCAAGCAACCGAUGGCGACAAGGACAGACCACAAAAUAUCGUCUAUUUCCUAACGGGCCAGGGAAUCGAUCCCGACAACCCAGCGAACAGUAAAUUCGACAUUAAUCGCACCACCGGAGAAAUCUUCGUUCUAAAGCCGCUGGACAGGGAUCAGCCGAACGGGAGACCGCAGUGGCGAUUUACCGUGUUCGCCCAAGAUGAACGCGGAGAAGGUCUGGUGGGCUACGCCGACGUUCAGGUGAACCUAAAGGACAUCAACGACAACGCUCCUACCUUCCCGCAGGGUGUCUACUUCGGCAACGUCACGGAAAAUGGCACAGCGGGAAUGGUCGUGAUGACCAUGACCGCGGUGGACUACGACGAUCCAAGCGAAGGGACGAACGCUAAACUGGUGUACUCCAUUGAAAAGAAUGUCAUCGAAGAGGAGACGGGCUCGCCGAUCUUCGAGAUCGAACCGGAAACUGGGGUGAUCAAGACGGCGGUAUGCUGCUUGGACAGGGAACGCACGCCGGAUUAUUCUAUACAGGUCGUCGCGAUGGAUGGAGGGGGGUUAAAGGGGACGGGGACGGCGUCCAUACGAGUGAAAGAUAUAAACGACAUGCCCCCGCAGUUCACGAAAGAGGAAUGGACCACCGAGGUGGACGAAACGGAAGGUCCGGAUUUGCCGGAAAUUCCGAUUCUUACGGUCACUGUGCACGAUCAGGACGAGACCAACAAGUUCCAAUACAAGGUGCUUGAAAACAGCGGUUACGGCGCGGACAGGUUUACCAUGGUGAGGAACAACGAUGGCACAGGAUCUCUGAAGAUCGUGCAGCCAUUGAAUUACGAGGACCAAAUGCAGAGUAACGGCUUUAGGUUUAGGAUACAGGUGAACGAUAAGGGCGAGGACAACGACAACGAUAAGUAUCAUGUCGCCUACUCGUGGGUGGUGGUGAAGCUGCGCGAUAUAAAUGAUAAUCAGCCACAGUUCGAGAGGGCAAACAUCGAGACGACGGUGCCGGAAAACGCCAACAUUGGAAACACCUUAGAGACGUUUACGGCCACUGAUCCCGAUCAGGGCGGCAAGAGCAAAGUGUAUUACUCGAUCGACAGGAGCUCCGAUCGCAAAAGGCAGUUCUCGAUCAACGAGAACGGCACCGUGUCGAUCCAGAGGAGCCUCGAUCGCGAGGAAACCCCGCGACAUCAGGUGAAAAUCCUGGCGAUCGACGAUGGCAUCCCACCGAAGACAGCGACAGCCACACUGACGGUGAUCGUCCACGACAUAAACGACAAUCCACCGCGAUUCCUAAAGGAAUAUCGACCAGUUUUGCAGGAGCAUUCGCAGACCAAGAAGGUGGUAGAGAUAUUGGCGACGGACGACGACGACAGAUCGAAGAGCAACGGUCCUCCGUUCACUUUCAGGAUGGACGCGAAGGCGGACGACGUGAUUCGAGCUAGUUUCAAAGUCGAGAGCGAUAACAAGGGUGCAAACGGUGAUGGUAUGGCCAUCGUGUCGUCGCUACGAUCGUUCGACAGAGAGCAACAAAAGGAGUACUUGAUACCCAUCGUUAUCAAGGAUUCUGGGACUCCUUCCAUGUCUGGAACCAGCACCUUGACCGUCGUUAUCGGGGACACCAACGAUAACAAAAUGCAACCUGGCUCGAAGGACAUUUUUAUAUACAAUUACGCGGGACAAUCGCCAGACACCGAGGUAGGCAGAGUCUACGUCUACGACUUGGACGACUGGGAUUUGCCAGACAAGAAGUUCUACUGGGAGAGCCUGGAGCACGCUCAAUUCAAGCUGGACGAGAGCACUGGCAUGAUCUACAUGAAAUCGGGCACCCAAGACGGCAGGUAUCACCUGCGAUUCAAGGUCUACGAUCGAAAACACACGCAGACGGACGUUCCCGCCAACGUGACCGUCACCGUCAAGACCAUCCCUCACGAGGCCGUAUUGAACUCUGGCUCGGUCAGGAUAUCCGGCAUAACCGACGAGGACUUCAUUCGAGUUUGGGAUUACAAGUCGCAAACGCUGUCGCGAAGCAAAGCCGAAUUGUUCCGCGAGAAACUGGCCCAGUUGUUGAACAUCAAUAGAGAGAACGUGGACGUGUUCAGCGUUCAGUUGCGUAGAAUGCAUCCACCCCUAACCGACGUCAGAUUCGCCGCCCAUGGGUCCCCGUAUUACAAGCCUGUCAGGUUGAACGGAAUCGUCCUGAUGCACCGUGAAGAGAUCGAGAAAGGGGUGGGGAUCAAUAUAACGAUGGUGGGCAUCGACGAGUGCUACUACGAGAACGAAAUGUGCGAGGGUAGCUGCACGAACACCUUGGACAUCAGCAGCCUGCCGUACAUGGUCAACGCAAACAAAACCGCCCUUGUCGGCGUAAGGGUGGAUGUAAUCGCCGAGUGUACAUGCGGUGCGCGAAACUUCAGCAAAGGGGAGUCCUGCAGAAGCAGCCCCUGUUACAACGGUGGUCGUUGCGUGGAGGGACGAUUCGGAUUAUCAUGCCAAUGCCCCACUGGAUACAACGGUCCGAGAUGCCAGCAGACCGCGAGAAGUUUUCGUGGCAAUGGCUGGGCCUGGUAUCCCGCUUUGGAGAUGUGCGACAAUAGCCAUUUAAGCUUCGAGUUCAUCACGAAGAAACCCGACGGUUUACUUCUGUACAACGGGCCUAUCGUUCCACCUGAAGCUGACGAGAUCAUGGUUUCUGAUUUCAUAUCGGUCGAGCUAGAACGUGGAAUACCUCGUUUAUUAAUAGACUUCGGGUCUGGUACCCUGGAGUUGAAAGUCAAACCAACGAGAACUUUGGACGACGGAGAAUGGCACAGGCUCGAUAUCUUUUGGAACACAGAGACCGUCAAGCUCAUCAUCGACUACUGCAAGUCCGCGAACGUCUCCGAGCCCGACGACAACACGCCCCCAGAGUUCAACGAUACCAGCUGUCAGGCGCAAGGGAUGAUUCCACCCUUCAACGAGUACUUGAACGUGAACGCUCCCCUGCAAAUCGGCGGCCUCUACGUCGAGCAGUUCGACCCCACCCACUACAAAUGGAAGCACAUGCCCGUCGGCAAAGGUUUCGACGGCUGCAUCAAGAACCUCUUCCACAACAGCAAGCUGUACGACCUCGCCCAUCCCGGCCUCUCGAGGAACAGCGGGGCUGGCUGCCCUCAGACCGAGGAUAUAUGCAACAACCAGGAGUCCACGUUCCGAUGCUGGGAACACGGCACUUGCGUGGGAAGCUUCACCGAGUCCCGAUGCCAGUGCAAUCCAGGAUACACUGGUCCUGGUUGCAUGACGCCCACCAUUCCCACGACCUUCAAGCCGCAGAGCUACGUUAAAUACGCGUUGUCGUUCGAGCCUGACAAGUAUUCCACCCAGAUCCAACUCAGAUUCCGUACCAGGGAAGUCCACGGUGAACUCUUCAGAGUCAGCGACCAGCACAACAGGGAGUACGCCAUCCUGGAGAUCAAGGACAGCAGACUGCACUUCCGCUACAAUUUGAACAGCCUGAGGACCGAGGAACGAGAUAUCUGGUUGACCGCUAUAGCGGUUGACGAUGGCCAGUGGCACACAGUCCGAGUUUCCAGAUACGGAUCAGCUGCGACUCUGGAGUUGGACGGUGGGGAAGGAAGGAGGUUCAACGAGAGCUUUUCGUUCGAAGGACACCAAUGGCUGCUGGUGGACAAACAGGAAGGUGUCUACGCGGGUGGCAAGGCCGAGUACACUGGUGUAAGGACGUUCGAAGUGUACGCCGAUUAUCAAAAAGGAUGCCUGGACGACAUCAGACUGGAAGGGAAACAUCUGCCAUUACCGCCUGCCACAAAUGGAACGCAAUGGGGUCAAGCAACGAUGGCUAGAAAUCUGGAGAAGAACUGUCCAUCGAACAAGCCCUGUGCCAACAUAAUUUGCCCCGAUCCCUUGGAAUGCAUCGACCUCUGGAACGAAUACGACUGCACAUGCGGAGAAGGGAGAAUUCCAUCCCCCGAUAGCAAGGGAUGUAUGGACAAGAACGAAUGCAUCGAUUACCCUUGCUUGAACGGAGGCAGAUGCAUCAAUCAGGAUCCUCGUUUCCGGUACAGAUGCAUUUGCCCUGACAGCUUCUGGGGAGAGAAUUGCGAGCUCAUGCAGGAAGGUCAAACGUUGAAAUUCGGCAUGGGAGCCUUGGCGGCCAUUCUGGUCUGUCUUUUAAUCAUUCUCGUUCUCGUCUUGGUGUUCGUCGUCUACAACAGAAGAAGAGAGUCUCACAUCAAGUACCCUGGACCCGAUGACGACGUGAGAGAAAACAUCAUUAAUUACGACGACGAAGGUGGCGGUGAAGACGACAUGACUGCGUUCGACAUCACCCCGCUUCAAAUCCCCAUCGGUGGCCCGAUACCGGAAAUGGGUGGAAAACUGCCACCGUGUAAAGUAGCCUAUCCACUAGGACCCGAGCCAAACGUGGGAAUCUUCAUAGAAGAUCAUAAAAAGAGGGCUGACAGCGAUCCCAACGCACCGCCGUUCGACGACCUACGAAAUUACGCUUACGAGGGCGGCGGAAGUAUCGCGGGCUCACUGUCAUCGUUAGCUUCCGGUACGGACGACGAGCAGCACGAGUACGAGUACUUGGGUGCCUGGGGGCCCAGAUUCGACAAGCUGGCCGACAUGUACGGGCCUGCAGAAGAAAGCGAGGAAGAGGACUAAAUCCCCGUAAGCUCGCAUGAACCAUCCGCCUCCAUUGGGAGACAUAGUGUUCGUGUGAUCUUAAAACAGAAUGGACUGUCCUCUACGAAACGUGAGUUCGAACAAACUUUCCAAGGAUAGCCGCGAAGAGCAAGGGAUUAAAUCCAGGCGAGAGGAGCAAAGAGAAACUUCUUCGCAUCGAAGUUGUGUUUUUGUAACCCGGGCAACAAAGACGUUAGCGUUCCAUUCGAUAAGAUCAUCGAGCCGGACGUCCACGUCGCCGUCUGAAACGUCGCGACGAUGGACGAGGCGCAUAGGUGCUCGACGAGUUUUGAAAUUCUCGUAAACGGUGAUCUCAGCAAAAGAGCUUUCUAAGGCCCGUCGCGUCACGAACGUUGUUGCAAUAAAGAAAUCCACUCGAGUCACGGUCAACCGAAGGGUGCACACCUAAUCUGUAUAGCACGUUACGCGUAUACGUAGUGAAUUCGCGUGUGUGUACCUACACGUGAGACUUUUCUAUUAAUAAAACAAAUCUAUAUAUAUAUAUAUAUAUUAUAUAUACGAUUCAUUAUUUUUAGUCACAAUCAUAGUUACUAUUUAUCGAUACCAUCGACGUCGAUGUAUGUCCCAGUAUGUACGCUCGGUUAUACAUAUAUAUAUAUAUAUAUUAUAUCGUCGUCGCGACAGCAUCGGAAGAUAAUGAUUCAGUCAACGUUUUACUACUGCCAGUAUCAUUGCCGUGCGCGCGAUCGUCGUUUACGUUUCGUCGGCGUGACUCGCGGCCACGUCGUCUUUUAAAGGGCAUUUCUCAUUUUUACUCAUUUAUUUAUUUACGAAUGGAAUAAAUACAUUUCUCGUUUUACCCGUUUCUCCCCCCUUCCCCCUCUCUUAACCACGUCCGUCAACGAGGUCGCCGAGGGCAAGAGAAUACUAGCGAUUUUCUAGGCAGCAGUCGACGAACCGUCGAGUCGAGUUACGAGGAUGCUGGAUUUCGUCCCGAUUCUUUUUCAUUCCGGAUCGAUACGAAAUAUCGGCGUUCUCGCUUAUCGUUUGACUUUUUAAGAGAACGGAUUAAAUUUGUGGUUAAAGAGUGAAAUGUGCUUCGAAAAAAAAUUGGCUUCGAAAUUCCAGGAACAACGGAGCUCUCGAAUUUAAUAAACUGUUCUUCCACUUUUUAUUUCCAGCCUCUGCGCGUCAAGAUGUUAAAUAAAUAUAUUCGACCCUUCUCGUCGGCUCGGAGAAUAAUCGCGCAGCCGGAAGUCGCUAGUACGCAGUAUUUUUUCGGUUUCUUCCACCGACCCUGGGUCCCACUGUUCGCGGACUUGUAUCGUUGUUGAGUGUAAAGAAUCGCGAGAGAGAACGACACAUUCGCGACGCCUUCCUCGUUCGCGAAAUGCGGACGACGAUCCUACCGUAAUGUGGUCUGUCGUACUAGAAUUAUCGGAGAGCCGCGUUAGAUAAAUUUGUUCGCGAAUCGAGAACCAUUCUAAUCGUUGUCAUCGUCACCGUCACCGCCAUCCUCAUUGAUUAUUGCUAGUAUUAUUAUUGACAUUACGAUAUAUAUAUAUAUAUUAUAAAUAUGAAUUUAUAAAUAAAUAAAUAAAAAUAUAUAUAUAUAUAGAAACAGAGGGAGAGAGAGAGAGAAGCGCAUUGUGGAAAACAAAGGGUACAGCAACGUGGAGCGCACGUGAAAGUCCGCGAAAAGGAGACAAAGGAGAGUUACCGCGCGUAUAUGUAAUUAUUAUAAUUAGUAUUAUAUAGCGGUAUAAAUAUAAAUAUGAAUAUAAAUAUAUAUAAAUAUAUAUAUAUAUAUAUACAUAUACAUAUUAUGUAAAAGGAAUAACAGACGCAGACACGUAAAGAGAUGAUUAAAAAGCAAAAAAAAAAAAAAAUAACAGAAUAUAUAAAGCGAAAAACACAUGAAUAGUAGCGCGAGAUAACGAGGGCCGGCUGUCGAGAAAAGCUCACGGUUUAUAGUCUCGACAUAGUAUUAAUAUUUAUUUUCUGUCAAUAAAGAACCGGCCGGAUGUUUGAAUUACGACGGAGAAGAAAACGAAGAUAAAUGAAUUAGCGAGCGAGCGAAGAGGGAAACGGCGAAGGCCCUUUCUUCGCCGCCGUUCGAGCGGCGAUUUCGAUGCCACCGGCGAGUUCGAUGCUCGGUCAGGCGCGACGCUUUCGAGACAGAGCUGGGCAUUCGUACGAUCCAUCGACUGCGCGUUUCGAUUAAACGUUCGAUCGUCGAAAUUCGUCGCGAUUCGAUAUCUUGCAUUUCCUUUUUUGGAUAGCGUCACGAGUCUCACGCGUUGUAGAUCAAGGGAUUACAGUUACGAUUAGUGUUUACGAUUAGUAAAACCAAGUCGAUGACCGAUCGCUAAAUUCAUCGUUAACACGUCGACUGACAGAUUUAACUCUCCCAUGGAAACCUCUGCAGUGCUAACAUUUAGUCUCGAUGCGAUCAGAGACUGUAGAUAAUCUAAUAUUUCUCGCACUACUUAUAUUAG